AUUAAGCCGAAGCGGUUAGCAUAAUUGGCCGUCUGCUCCCUUCUGCCAACCCGGAAAUUAUUCGACUCUUUUUCUGGAUUAACGCGACCGGAGGAGUGAUCGUGGGCAGCGAAACCAGUACCGAUCCGCCGCGACGGACGCACCACCGCUCUUCGGGUUUUCUCUUCUUCGUGUCACCCGGUACGUUUCGUUCACGGUCAAGUGCAUUUUAUUCCGAAACGACAGGAAGCGGCGAGCAAUUUCCGUUCGGAGGGAUCCAGGAUGCCUCGAUCGCGCACGCUCGUCUGGGAAAUUUAAUGAUAUCGAGGAUGCGUUGUCGCGAGCCAGGCGUGUCCAACAGUUUCUAUUCCCGUCCCAAUUAACCUCACGACUCGACGAUAGAACAAUGAUGGAGAACGUGUACGUGAUAAAGGUGAAAACGAAGCCGGCUCUGUCAUCCCUGUACCCGUCGGAGCGUCGUUACUCGGCGUCCACCGUCGGUGGUUUGUCCUUCGUACAUUUCGGUUUGGGCGCGCUCUCCCUUCUCCUGGGAAGCCUCGCCCUGUCUAUUCAAGGCCCCAUCUUGUCGAUCGCGUGUUUGGUCCCGUUCGUGACGGGACUGCUCGCCUGGCGACGUUGGUACAUCGAUCGGAACAUCGCUAUUUUCUUCUACGGGAGCCUGUUCUCUCUGGUGGCGGCGGUCCUGUGCUUCGUCGCCACGAUGUUCGACAUCGCAGCCGCGGCGGACAACGCGGGAGGAUCCUUGUGGUCGCUGGAGAAGAUACUCGAGCAGCCACGAGGCCCUUCACACCUGGACGGGCAACCGGACAACGACACCGCGACCAACGAGACCUUCGACGCGAGCAAGGUUCACGAUCUCGUUCCCAGCAUGAAUAUUAAUUUCAACGCCCCUACGCCUGGGAUUAUAAUCGACAAUAUGUCCAACAUAUCCGGAUACAUUUUAAGGACCUCGGUAGGGAACUACGGGGAGGCUGAUCCUGAGAACGAUAACGGGACGCUGGCCAAUUACGAUCAGGGCGACGACGGUUCCCUUCGACAACAGGAAUCGAACAUCGUUACGGAGGAAACCUUGGAGACGAUCAAGAACAGAGUGAUGUCGUUCUGGCAGAAGAAUUACCACGACGCGUCUCACGCGAAAAUUUUACUCACGGUUAACGUAUUGGUGGCGUCGCUUUUGGAGGCGUUCUGGUCGGCCCUCAGCGCGAGGAUUGCAUUGCGCGGGAUGAUGAAUCGAUUACCGGAAUCGGGAUACGCGAACUGCGCGACCGGAAACUCGACUAUGGAGGCGGGAGCGCCGGGAAAGAGGAAGCCACCGGCACCGAGGCCGGACAUUUUGGAUCACGAUCGACGACUGUCGGAAAACUUGCAGAAUUUAAACGCGUUGCACGGUCACAGGAUCUCUUCGCCGGGAUUACCCUUGCCAGAGUCCAGCAGAGAGUUCAGGGAAAGGGUCGAGAGAUUCUUGGCGAACCAAGCGGCGCACAGGAUCGUCGAAGGAUCCUGUUCCUGAGACGCGUGUGACCGAGAGACAACGAGGAACAGUGUACCUUGGUGUCUAGUAUAGAUAGUUUUGUUUAUUAGGGAACAUAAUCGGGAAAUACUUUUCAGUGCUUUAAUUUCCACGCUGUUAUCGAUCUCAAUACCCACGAUAAUAUCAUAGACGAUGAAUGAAACGUUAGACUAGACUACUUUAUGCGCUUCUGGCAUAUGCUAAUGUCGAACGCGCAUAGAAAACGUGGGAAGAAGUUGAACUUGGGAACGAACUUCUAUUCUUUUUAAUUUUCAAUAGCUCGAUAAAAAGAUAUAAAAGACGAAGAAAAUAUUCGACACGAACGAGUAUAGUUUCAAAAAUUGUUA